GGGAUCCGACGCUAGUGUCAGGCGGAGACGACAUCGAUUGGAGCUGCUACGACUACUACUACUGCUCGGCUAGUCCAUCAGUAAAGCCAUCCGGACAGCCGCAAAUAGCAAGCACGCCCUACGAUCCUCCAGGGGAACCUGUUUUGGUCCGCAUGCCCUCCUCCGCGCGGCACUAGCGUCGCUCUCUCUUUCUCUUUCUCCUUUUCUGUCGUCACCAUCUCGCUGCGCUCUGCGGUAACACUUCUUUCAUGACCAUCCCGUCGUGAGAAAUACGCUAGGCGACAUAGAGGUCCACUGUUGUGUCUCUCGAGGGGUAGAUGUGGCAGACCUAUGAUGUUGCGGUUCUGACAGGUUGACGACGCUGGGAGGGGGAGGGGGAGGGGGACUGGAGGCGUUUCAGUCUUCGGGGGAAUUGCUGGUUGGUUGCUGAGGGGUACUGUCGGAUUUUCGCGUUUGUAGCAUCGACGUUGGAGUUGAAACUUUGAGUUCAAGUUUUGGCGCGUUUGGCCGAGAUGCAGGGUCGAGGCGAUGUACGCCGACUUGGGCCACUUUUGUCGAAGACCUAUAAAGGUCAAACUUGAACUACCACAACUUUCCUGCCAGACGUGGUAUUAUAAAGUGUUGCAUGCGAUUCCUUGUGGCUGUAAGAUUCUGCAUGAAUGACGAUGCAGGCUGCCUUCAUUUUUCUCGUCUACCGUAGUCUACUUCUGGGAUAUAUGGGACAUGCUCCGCAUCUGUCGAAGAACCUCGACGAUCUUGUUUCCACGUUUUUUCGCUCAGUCCCAAGGAAGACACUUGAAAUUAAAAGCCUUUAAAGAGUAGACUCCACGACUGAAUAUCGAUUAUGCCCUUAUGUUUCUUCAGUUCAACUGAAGACCUACUUCUACACUGACUGCCAUGUAGGGCUUGUGGCGUACGAGGACCGCUUAAUAAAUUACACCACAUAUCUCCAAAUCACCUAGCCGUCCGCUACGUAAGUGGUCCAUCUCUUAAGCAAUGAGCCUGUCAGGCUAUUAAAGUAGUGAACAAUGCAAAGGAGGCAUGAUGAAGAAGAUGAAAUACAAGAGGCAAAGAUUUCUAAAGUACCCAAAGAGGGGAGACAUCACCAACACAGGUCCUCUAGUGCUCAGAGGCACAGGCGGAAUGAGUUGCCAGCAGAUGCCGAUUCCUUCACCAGGCGUUUAGGCCGGCUGAGAAUAUCCAGUAUCCGGGAGCAUUCUUUAGAGAGGGCCAAUUCUUCCUCGAAUACACCAAGAAAUAUUGAUACUCCAAGAAGUACAUCAGCUAAUGAGACAUCUAGACCUCCAAGAAGCAAGGAAGUUGACAGGGCAGAUAAGAACCUCUGCGGAUGGUCAUGUAGAAAUGAUGGACCUUCAGGGACUUCUCGCAAUGAUAAUCAGAAGACAUCUCGUUCAACAAGUGGGCAGCCACUAACCAGGUUCCAGAAUCCUCAGGAGUGCGGAGGAUGGGGCUCGCUGGCUCGCAAAAUUUUCAGGUGUGACAAUAAUCAAACUACCUUUUAUCCUGAAUUGAUGAACGAGUUGGUAAAUCUCCGGGAGCAACAUGACCAUGAAAUGAUGCAAGUGCGAUCAGAUAUACAGAGGGUCUUUCAAGAGAUCCAAAAUCUGGUCCGUUGUAGAGAUGAUGUAUCCGCUUCAAGCUCGUCGUGUCAGUCUUCUUCCGAGAGCGUGCAUAGCAGGGUGCAAAGGGCUCCUGUACCCGGACUGGGAAAGAGACAUUCAGCCAUGAACCAUGCUUCAUACAUGCGCGACAAUGAUCAUGAACAUCAUAAUAGAAGAGCACAGUCUGCUCCUAGAACUCGAGUGAAUUGGGACAGAUACUCAACUGAAGAGUACAGCAUCCCUUCUCAUGUGCCACAUGCUGCCAUUGCGUUUUAUCCCACCGUAGCGCUUUUACGAGAAGUAGUCCAUUUGGAAAGAUCCUGUCUUGAAACAUUUGUUACAGCUCUCAUAAGACAUGAAGAGGAUCGAUUGCAGAUGGAUAAUGAGUCCGACCUGAUCGGCAAUUCACUGAAUGCCUUGGUUUAUCGUCUUUACCCUGGCAUUCGUUUUUUCAAAUUCCGUCAUUUCAAAUAUGGGGUCCAAGCUUGGCUGAGCAAUUUGGCGAUGAAGGGCUACCACAGAGCAACCAUGACAGGAGACAGCCGGGAGGAUAUACGUCUGAGGCGGGAUGCUGCGUGGCAAGAGUUCCGAAACCUGUCGGCUGUAAGCCCCACUUACGCCACGAACGAAGAACACCCAUACUACAUUAAGGAUUUUCUCUCGUUUUGUCAGCGGAUGAUGGAUUCCAUAGUAAAAAACACGAGAUCUAAGGUGUGGCCUGACGAUCUAGACGAUUACUUCCUGGAGGCUAUGAAGCAUGUGUGGCGGAUGCGCAAACUUGCGCUUGCCUUUGAGCCCACUGCCUCCACAAUCACGGCGAAGCUCACAGCACCAUUCGACGCUAAUUUCAUGGAUGCUUUGGAGGCUCCAGAUUUGUUCCAAGGUGGUAACCUGUCACCGUUUGCCCCUCAAGUAGCGCUGUUAGUGAAUCCAGGAUUUAUUGUUCAGGAGCGGGUGGUCAAGUGUCAGGUGUAUUUAACCCUAGAUGAGAGCUCUGAUCUUUGAUGGCGUAAUUUAGGCGUUGACCCACCGACUUAUACCGACAUUAAAACCCCAUUCUGGCCCUUCAAUUUUGAGAAUCACGUCGUUGAUAUUUGUAUCAUGGUGCCUUCACAAAACUUGUUUCGGGGCUCUACACCCAAUUUAAAAAAAAUUAACCGAAUCCUUCAAUUCUGGAGGAACGCAAUCGCCAUGGCUAAU